AUGGACAUCUACCAAGGGAGCACAACAUCAAUCUCGUCUUCCGGGUCGGAAACGAGCUUUGGCAGCUUGGCCCACCACCCGGUCGCAUUCACAUCCCUCUCUCGAUCCAGCAGUCGAUUAAGUACCAACACGUUUGGAUUCACCCGUCCAAACUCGCCCCUCAUGUCCUCUGAAGCAGAGUCCUGGCGCACAGCGCACCAGUCUCCCUCCCAAGUCACCAUCACAACAUCAGGCACUCUCGGCGACGACGACUACCUCGAGCAGCCUGACAUGUCGCCAGUCACCAUCGGCGACGACGACUACCUCGAGCAGCCUGACUUGUCCCCAGUCACCACACCCACCUCUGCAUCCCGAGCUCACUCAUACCCGACAUAUGUUGCCACCUCGCGUGUCGCGAGCAUGCCCGAGUUGAGCCGCUCAACGUCGACAGUCAACCCCACCACCCCUUCCACCAUCUACUUUCCCCGCAUGGACCACCAGGCGCUGUCUAGUCUCGGCUCUCGGCGAUCCAUGUCAAUGUCGUCGUUGAAAGAGACACUGGCCGACGAAGAAAAGGCCGCUGUCAUCGACCAGUGGCAACACGAACGAAUUAUCUACUACGACGACCGCAUCCGUUCGAAUCAAUGGGAGGACAUCAACGUCAAUGGCAAAGAAGUCGUUGCCGACCAAGCCCAGGCGGAGACUAACGCUCCACCAGCCUGGACCACGGCGAUCCCAACCCGCCAAGACAUACGCGACGCGGCCGGGUGCCACCUCAUCGACGAGUGGGGCAAUACUGUGCGUUUUGGCGACAUGCUGCCUGGCGGCCCGGCUUGGCGAUCGGCCACUGUCGCAGGUAAACCUGUCAACAAGGUACUCGCCCUGUUUGUCGGCCACUGGUGGUGUGGCCUGUGUCAUGAUUAUGCGCUGGUUUCAGUGGCCAAGCUGUCGCCGGCAGCGCUCAUUCGCGAGGGCGUACGCGUUGUCAUCGUUAGCUCGGGCAGCUGGAAGGUCAUCUCCAAGUAUAGGCAACUCUUCGACAUCAAGUUCCCCGUCUUUGUCGACAAUGGGACGCGACUCUACCGCGCACUCGGGCUGGCGAGAGCUAAACCCAAUCCGUUUACCGAGGCUAUGGUCAAGGACAGGCCCGCGUACCAUCAGCAUGCCUUUAUGCGCCAGAUGGCAACCGGCAUGGCACGAGGCAUCUUUCAACUGGGUGGCAUCAAGCUACGCAAUCCUGGGAGCUUUACUCAGUUGGGAGGCGAGUUCGUUUUUGGUCUCGACUAUACGGUCGACUAUUUCCAUCGCAUGCAGGGCCGCGGCGAUCACUGCGAGGCUCCGGAAGUCCUCAGCGCCGUCGGUAUACAAAGCACGCUCGGCGCACCCGUGAUGAACUCGGAGCUUGAACAGGAGCGCGAGUUCGUCCGCCGCCGCAUCCGUGCGCAAUAA